CUCUCUCUCUCACACACACACACACAGAAACAGGAAGCCACACCCACUGUUUCCAGAGAAAACGAAACUGAUCUCGGAGUGACUCUGUCUCAGCGUGAGUGCAGGAAAAUGGCAGAAUUCAGUAUUUUGGAUCACUUUUCAGUGGAUCAGUUCAGCUGUCCAGUGUGUCUGGAUCUCCUGAAGGAUCCGGUGGCUAUCCCCUGUGGUCACAGUUACUGUAAGGUGUGUAUUAAUGGCUGCUGGAAUCAGGAGGAUCAGAAAGGGGUCUACAGCUGUCCUCAGUGCAGAGACACUUUCACUCCGAGGCCUGUUCUACGCAGAAACAACAUGCUGGCUGAAGUGGUGGAGAAACUGAAGAAGACUGAAGUCCAAGCUACUUCUCCUGCUCCCUGUUACGCUGGAUCUGGAGAUGUAGAGUGUGAUUUCUGCACCGGGAGGAAACACAAAGCCGUCAAGUCCUGUCUGAUGUGUCUAACCUCCUUUUGUGAAACUCAUCUGAAACCUCAUGCUGAACUUCCUGGUUUGAAAAAGCACACCUUAAUCAAAGCCUCCUCAAAGCUCCAAGAGAAGAUCUGCUCUCAACAUGACAAACUGAUCGAGAUCUACUGUCGCACUGACCAAAGGUGUAUUUGUUCUUUGUGCAUGUUGGAUAAUCACAAAGGCCACGACGCUGUAUCACUUUCAGCAGAGAGAACUGAGAAACAGAGUGAGUUAAAGGAGGAGCAGAUGAAAUCCCAGCAGAGAAUCCAGGAGAAGCAGAAGAAGGUGCAGGAGCUGAAACAGACUGUGAACACGAUUAAGUCCCGUGCUCAGACAGCAGUGGAGGACAGCGAGAUUAUCUUUACUGAGAUGAUCAGCUCCAUGGAGAAAAAGCGCUCGGAGGUGACGGAGCUGAUCAGAGCUCAGGAGAAGGCUGAACUGAGUCGAGCUGAACGACUCCUGGAGCAACUGGAGCAGGAGAUCACUGAUCUUCAGAGGAGAGUCACUGAGCUGGAGCAGCUUUCACACACACACGAUCACAUCCACUUCCUCCAGAGUUUCCAGUCUCUCUGUGACACUUCUGGACGUGAGGAUUCACCCAGCAGCACUGUCCAUCAACAUCUCUCAUUUGAUGGAGUGAGGAAUUCUCUCUCAGAUCUGAAGAAGAGACUCGAGGAAUUCUGCGAGGAGGAACUCAACAAAAUCCCUCCACAUGAAGCUGAUGAUUCAUUUUUAUCAUCUCUGUUUUGUCUCCAAGCUGCAGCAGUUAAGAAGAUUUCACCCUCAGAGCCUAAUAGCAGAGAAGAUUUUCUGAAAUAUUUCUGUUAUCUGAGUCUGGAUCCCAACACGGCACAUCGGAACCUCAUUCUGUUUGAGAAGAACAGAAUGGUGAAAGACAGUGGGAUACAGCCAUACUCUGAUCAUCCUGAGAGAUUUGACAACUAUUUCCAGGUGUUGUGUAAGGAGAGUGUGUGUGGACGCUGUUACUGGGAGGUGGAGUGGAGCAGUGUUGGAGGUGUGUCCAUCUCAGUUUCAUAUAAAGACAUCAGCAGGAAAGGACAGGGUAGUGAGUGUGGGUUUGGACACAACAAUCAGUCCUGGAGUCUGUGGUGUUCUUCAUCCUCCCUCUCUUUCUAUCACAAGUACAUUAAAACUGAGCUCAGAGUUCCAUCAUUCUCCAGAAUAGGAGUGUAUGUGGAUCACUGUGCAGGAAGUCUGUCCUUCUACAGCAUCUCUGACACGAUGAAGCUCUUCCACAGAGUCCACACCACAUUCACUCAGCCUCUAUACGCUGGGUUUGGGGUUUAUGAAGGAACUAUGAGAUUGUGUGACCCAAAAAAAUAGCAGAUGAAACGUAUCUGCUCAUUUCCUCAUUGUUUCUGUAUUUGAAACUGUGACUGUAAAUAGAAAUACAGCCACAGAGAUAGCUAACGUGAAUUUUUAGCCAAGUACAAGCCAUGGACCAUAACAAAAUUUAAUCUCUGAAACAUUCAAGAAAAGGAAAGAAGAAAGAAAAUAACAAUCAAUGUGGUAUUGUUAAGUAUACUUUUUAUUUGAUUUUAUUGUAUCCACUAACAUAAAUAAAAUGAGUGAAGCAUACAUAAGUCUAGAGAGGCCUUCUGAAAACAAAGCCAGCUCUCUCUGCAGCCAAGAAUUGCAUUUAUUUCUUGUUUCGUCAAUAAUCAGUUCAAAGCUGGAAACACAUUUUCCCCUUCCAUCUUAUAUUAUAUGAAUUCCUAAAUGUUACUGGAUCCUUCUGGGAAAUGUUACUGUAUAUGGAGGAGAUUGGUUUCUUUAAGAGACAUCAAUUCAGAUAUCGGGCUGCCUUGCCUUAUUCCUCAAGAAAGCCAAAUUGUGGGGAAAUACCAUAUUUCAUUUAAUUGCCAUUUUUCUAUAAAGCUUGAACCAUUUUAUAAAAGAAUGAGGAAAAGGCAAGUUUUAAAGUGCUUUCAGAAUUAAUUUAUAUUCAACUGAAUCAAAAGCCUUACAAAAAUCAAGGAGAAUUAAACGUUCACUAUCGAAACUAUCACUAUAGUCCAGUCUAGUACAGUCUAAUAUCAUUUCCUAUAUUUCUUUGUUCCAUAAAGCUAGAUUGUGUUUUGUUCAGUUAGUCGUGAUCAAAUCAUUAACUCUUUUUAACUUUCCAUACUAAAGCUUUUCUGAGGAAAAAACCAUCAUCUGCAGACAAUGUGUUUCUUCUCCAGUGUAAAAAUAGUGCAUGAAAUUCUGUGUUUAAAUGACCCCCACUAAGAGGCUCAUAAGUUUUAUUAAUAUCAUUUAAAUAACUGAAGAAAGUUCUUGUACUUCUGCAUCAAUUUAUUGAAUAUUUUAAUAUACAAAAGCACAGAGAUCAUCUGACACUUCAGUGUAAAAAGCCGCGCUGACAGCGCUCAUUGAAGGGGUCAGCAAGAAUCACUUCCAAGUAGCGGUGGCCACUGAGACUAAAUCCUUCAUUCCACUGCGCGAGUAACGGCUUUAUCUACAGGUCUGAGACUCCAAACAGCUCCAAUAUGCAGAUUCACCUCAAAGAAUCGUUUAAGAGAAUCGACUCUUUCAAGAACGGUACAUCGGCAGUGUCUACACUGGGAUUGUGUGCAGUUAUAGCUUUAGCAUGUUGUCUUUGGUUCUUUUGUGCUUUCUAUUUUUUUAUUAAAAUAUUAUUUGAUAAUGA